AUGGCCAACUGCUGGUUCCAGAAGGAAAUCGUGCUCAAAGCGCCUAGCCGCGGAUUCCACUGUGCGUCUAGAACACUUGCAAAGGACUUUGUAUUGCUAUCUACUGACUUUUUUUCUGUCGACUCCACCUGCAAAGUGGUGACGCGCGAGGUCGAAAAGCAGCUGCCAGAGCUAGCACAAGUGAAGGUCGGGAUGGCCAAUUUGUUUAUCAAACAUACGUCAGCGUCGCUCAGUAUCAAUGAAAACUGCGACCCCGACGUUCGGACGGACAUGGAGGUUGCAUUCAACCGCAUCGUGCCGGAAUCCUGGAACAAAGAGUUUUUCCGCCACACGGAUGAAGGCGACGACGACAUGCCGGGCCAUAUCAAGUCGACGUUGAUUGGGGCGUCGGUGAACAUCCCGAUCACUAAUGGCAAACUCAACCUCGGGACGUGGCAAGGUAUGUGUUUCGAAUACUGCUUGCCGACAGAAUGGGAACAUCGUGAAACGAAAUACUGUCCUUCAGGUAUCUACUUGUGCGAGCACCGCAACGUCGGCGGCUGGGGUUCUGGCCACCAGCGCAAGGUCGUGGUCACUAUCCAAGGAUUUUCGGCAUAA